AUGGCUGAUGAAGUCCCAUCCACCCAGACGUUCAAGAAAUCUCUCGACGCUACCGAGCUCGACAGGCCUGCUCUUAGGUAUUUCCGUGACAAUAUGGUGCAGAAGUCAGCGAUCUUGUCCGUCUACGACAAAACCGGCCUACUAGAUUUGGCUAAGGGCCUUAUCCAACACAAUGUCCGCUUGCUCGCAUCUGGUGGUACAGCGAAAAUGAUUAGGGAGGCUGGGUUCCCGGUUGAAGAUGUAUCGGCCAUCACACAUGCCCCUGAAAUGUUGGGCGGUCGUGUGAAGACUCUCCACCCGGCUGUUCACGGCGGCAUCCUCGCCCGGAAUAUCGAAUCCGACGAACAGGACCUGGCAUACCAGAAGAUCGCCAAGGUCGACUUCGUUGUCUGCAACCUAUACCCGUUCAAGGAGACUGUGGCCAAGGCCGAUGUUACAAUUGAAGAGGCUGUCGAGGAAAUUGAUAUUGGAGGUGUCACUCUGCUGCGCGCUGCGGCCAAGAACCAUGCCCGUGUUACCAUCCUCAGCGAUCCCAGCGAUUACCCGGAAUUCCUAAUUGAGCUGGAGGCGGGGGAUAUCCCGGAGAAGAACAGGAAACUUUACGCUCUCAAGGCGUUUGAGCACACCGCGAACUACGAUGAGGCGAUCUCGGGCUUUUUCAGGAAGAAGUAUGCUGCUGAUUCUCAGUACAUCCCACUUCGUUACGGUGCGAACCCCCACCAGAAACCCGCUUGUGCCUUCACAAGACAGAGUCAGCUGCCGUUCAAGGUCCUUGGUGGGUCUCCGGGAUAUAUCAACCUUCUUGAUGCUUUGAACUCGUGGCCUCUCGUUAAGGAAUUGAAGCAUGCUCUGGGUUACCCCGCUGCUGCCAGUUUCAAACACGUCUCUCCUGCUGGUGCAGCCAUUGGUGUCCCGCUGAACGAGAAGGAGAAGAAGGUAUACAUGGUCGACGACAUCGCCGGCAUUGACGAUUCGGGAUUGGCACAAGCAUACGCCCGCGCCAGAGGCGCAGACCGCAUGUCCAGUUUCGGAGACGUCAUCGCCCUUUCCGAUAUCGUCGACGUUCCCACCGCCAAAAUCAUAUCCCGCGAAGUCUCUGACGGCGUCAUCGCCCCGGGCUACACUCCGGAGGCCCUAGCCCUCCUCACCAAGAAAAAAGGCGGUAAAUAUCUCGUUCUCCAAAUGGAUGAGACCUAUAACCCCCCCGGCGAGGAAUCCCGCACCGUCUAUGGCAUCCAACUCUCUCAACACCGCAACGACGCAACCAUCCACCCCAACGAAUCCUUCACAUCCAUCGUCACGCCCAAGGGCCUGAAAAAGCUCCCCGACUCCGCUCUGCGCGACCUUACCGUGGCCACCAUCGCGCUCAAAUACACACAAUCGAACUCUGUCUGCUACGCUCUGAACGGGCAGGUAAUCGGCCUUGGCGCAGGCCAGCAGAGCCGCAUCCAUUGCACGCGCCUGGCGGGCGACAAGGCAGAUAACUGGUGGAUGCGGUUCCAUGAGAAGGCGCUGAAUAUCCGUUGGAAGCCCGGCACGAAGCGGGCAGAUAAGAGCAAUGCGAUUGACAUGUUGUGUUCCGGGCAGGUGCCGGGGAAUGCCGUCGAGAAGGCUGAUUUUGAGAGAGUGUUUGAGGAAGGGUGUGUGCCGGAGCCGUUUACGGUUGAGGAGAGGGAUGCGUGGCUGAAGCAGUUGGGAGAGGUGGCCGUUUCGUCGGAUGCUUUUUUCCCGUUCAUCGACAAUGUGUUUCGCGCCGCACGAUCAGGUGCUAAAUACAUCGCUGCCCCAAGCGGGAGCCAGAACGAUGGCCCUGUCUUUGAAACAGCGGAAAAGUUGGGGAUUGUGUUUGUGGAACAAGGCACUCGGUUGUUCCACCAUUGA